CAGUUCAAACCAGACCAAAUAGUGUCGACCACUUGACAUCUUGGGACUGGUCUGAUCGCUUAGCUACUUCACUCGGGCAUAUCUUGGAAUCAGCAAGCAAAGAACGCUCGCGAUCAUGCCCACAAAACACCUCGGUCAAGACUUUUCGGCGAAUUCCAAUCAACACCACCACCACGUCUACGACAAUCAUGAUCCUGAGAAACGGUCCAUCCCGCAACACAACUAUAAUCACAACCAAAACUACAACCCGAACUACAAUUCGAACACAUAUCCAUACGCGCAUUCAAAUUCAAACACGUAUUCGUCCCCACCGUCAGGCAGUUCGAGCCGACGAAGUUCGGCUGGAAACGUAUUGACGGAUUAUACCUCGGGGACGAGUGCGGGAGGCUUAGGGUUCUCUUCAUUAGGUCCGAAUGCCAGCAACCAUUUCGGUGGUAUCGAGGCUGGAAACGGACAUGGAUAUGGUUACGAGAAAGAGCGGGACGGCGAUAAGAAUAGGGACAGGGAGCGCGGUGUGACGGGAAGAGGGAGGUCGAGGUGGAAGUCCAAGGUGUUUGUCCUGCUCGGCAUGAGAUUUGGGUGGAUCGUGCUCGUCAUCUGGUACGAGGUCGGCGUGUUCUUCCACUCGGUCUCGGAUUGCAAAUUCCCCGACUCGAGCCUCCAUAUCGCAACAUCUACUUCUCUCGACUCUUCGUCCUCGUCCUCAAGAUCAAAUUUCAACCCUACCCCGCCCGAAUCUACCCACAUCCUCAUCCUUGCGGACCCUCAAAUCCCUCACCCGCUCCUCUCUUACCCAACCCGUCAUCCCAUCCUCCAAACCGUCUCUACGUGGAUAAUAGACCUCUACAUGAGGAAAUCUUGGAACGUCGCGUUGAGACUGGGCAAGGUGGAUGGGGUGAUCAUGGUCGGGGACAUGAUGGAUUGGGGAAGAGGGGUCUUUGGGGAGGAUGAGUACGAGGCUUAUUUGGCGAGGUUUAGGGGGAUCUUUAGGGUCGGCGAGGGGGUCGGGAUGUGGUACGUUGCCGGGAAUCAUGACGUGGGACUCGGACCGAACCGGCUAUUUAGCCCGCAUUCGAAACAACGAUUCGCAGACCACUUUUCGAAACCCAACGAGCUAGUCUCGAUAGCCAAUCAUACGUUCAUCAUGCUCGACGCUCCGAGCUUGGUCGAAGAAGAUUACCGGAGGUAUGCGGCCGAGGUCCAGUUGGGCGAGUGGGAGGGUGUACCGGGCGGGGUGAUCGAGUUUGUCAAAUCGCUAGGAGAAGCCAAGCCGCAAGAUCCGAGAAUCUUGAUCACACACAUCCCACUGGCGAGGCCCGAAUCUGCCUCGUGUGGUCCGUUGAGAGAACGGGGUCGGAUCUUGAAGGGCGCUGGGAUCGGGUACCAAAACUUGUUGGGAAGCGAGACAACAAGGUUCCUCUUGAAUAAUGUCAAGCCGAGUGUCAUCUACAGCGGUGACGAUCAUGAUUAUUGCGAUUAUCGACAUCCGAACGGCGUUCGUGAGGUCACGCUCAAGGCCUUCUCGAUGGCCAUGGGUAUCCGUCGACCGGGAUUCCAGCUCCUCUCCCUCAUCCCUCCGCCGACGGAUCCCAACCUUCUCAACCUGCCUCAUCGGACGCACGCCGACAUGCCGUGUUUCCUGCCUGACCAGAUCAAGAUCUACACGGCGAGAUACUUGCCGCUGGGCAUCUUGACACUCUUGGUACUCUGCUGGAUCAAUUUCCGGAACGCCGUGCAUCGACAUGGAGGUUGGAAAGCUGGGUUCGCUCAAGCAGGAGGCAAAGUCGCGAGGACGCUGUCGCCGAAUCUCAGUCGGUCGCCAAGUGCGACCAAUUUGCAAGCCGAACGUACGGCUAAACGGGGAGAGCUGGUCGUACCCCUGACCUUGCCCUCGAGGCGAUCGUCAAGCAAUCUACACAUGAGCCCGGCCAAUAUAGAGAAGACCAUCUCGACUGGAUCUCGAUCGAGACCGCCGAGUUUGGCACCGAUCAGGCGGAUCACCAAGAGCGCGCCCGUCUCGCCGCUGGGCAGUCCUCGGUCAGAAGCGUUGAUCAUGGAGGAAGACGAUACUUCGGGUGGGAACAGCCCCAAUUCGGAAGCCCUUUACUUUGGUCAAACCCCUCGACCCCGACAGACGUCUUAUGCCAACACGCUCGCACCGACAGAAGACGGCAGACCGUUGGUUAGCGAGCCUCAGUCGUACUUUCAGUCGAUGCCUGACGAAUCCCCGAGCCACGCAGGCACACCAAUGGGAUCGAUGAGGCGACCCCAGGCGAAUCGACGGGUAUCGAGGAUGAGCGAUUGGCAAGCGGCGGCCAAGGCAAAGGACAAGACGGUUAUGGCGCUCGUAUUCGAUUCGGCUCCGGUAUCUCGCUGGAAACGGUGGAUAGGUCGUGACCAGCUGAUCAUCCUCGGUCGAGCGUUAGGAGGACGACAUGGGGUACUGGCGAGGAGCGCAAAGGAUGCGCUGUCGGUGGCAUGGCCGACGUUGCUCGUCUUUCUCGUGCUCAAUGUCGCAUUCUUUUACCAGUGACCGCCUUUAGCCGUGGUUGUUCGUGCAAACUGUAUCCAGGUGUAGCGUAGGCCCGAGGAACAUGUAUCAUAUGCAUGCCGAUGGCACAGGCAAGAUAUCGUGCG